CGCAGAUUUCGCAUGGGAAGACAUGUCUUUCUUCGUAUUGUGGAUGCUCUUUCAAAUUUUGAUCCAUACUUCCAACAAAGGAUCGAUGCAGUGGGAAGAAAAGGUUUAUCACCUUUACAAAAAUGUACUGCAGCAAUGCGUAUGUUGGCGUAUGGAAUAUCUGCUGAUGCUGUUGAUGACUACGUUCGUAUUGGGGAGACUACUGCGACAGAGUGCUUGAAAAAUUUCGCCUCUUCCGUAAUUACGAUAUUUGAAGGUGAGUACUUGCGAAAACCAAACUCUAAUGACGUACAACGUUUAUUACAUAUGGGUGAGGCUCGUGGGUUUCCUGGUAUGAUGGGCAGUAUUGACUGCAUGCACUGGCAAUGGAAGAAUUGUCCUAAAGCAUGGAAGGGCAUGUUCAUGAAUGGUCACAAAGGAGUCGCAACAAUUGUACUGGAAGCGGUUGCUUCAUCUGAUCUAUGGAUAUGGCACGCAUUUUUCGGAGUUGCUGGAUCAAAUAAUGACAUAAAUGUUUUAGAUCGAUCACCGGUCUUUGAUGAGGUGCUACAAGGUCGUGCUCCUGAGGUAAACUAUACUAUCAAUGGAAAUAAUUAUAAUAUGGGAUAUUACUUAACAGAUGGAAUAUAUCCUGAAUGGGCAACGUUUGUUAAAACCAUACCACGUCCACAAGGUGAGAAAAGAAAAUUAUUUUCAAAAUAUCAAGAAAGCCAACGAAAAGACGUCGAACGAGCAUUUGGUGUGUUACAGGCCCGUUUCGCAAUUGUACGUGGUCCAGCACGAUUUUGGGACAAGGCAGAUCUUGGGAGAAUAAUGAGAGCGUGCAUCAUAAUACAUAAUAUGAUUGUUGAAGACGAGAGGGACACAUAUGCAACUCAAUUUGGUCCAUUACCAACUUAUGAUGAUGCAAUAAAUGGCUUGUCGCAACCAAACUUAGGAGAAGAACCUUUUGUCCCGUAUGAAACAUAUAUUCAAAACAGUAUACGGAUGCGUGAUAAACGAACACAUCGUCAGCUACAAAAUGACUUGGUUGAGCAUAUCUCGCAGUUUCACAAUAAUCGUUAAUUUUU